AUGGAUAUGGCUGCGCUGGGCAUCUCAAGCACGGACGUUGAGGCCUACGGCAGAUCUCUCAUAAAUGUGUCUGCCUUGCCCGACAGAGAGGUCCAGAGAUCAUACAUCUUGUCCCUGGCCCAUGCUGCCGAGCCUUAUAUGGACACUGAAAUGAUGCUCAGCUUGAUACAUUUUGUUGACUAUGUUAAGCUUGCCGAUCCUGUAUAUAUGCUAAUCGGUAUUUUCCGUUUAUUUCCCGUCGGGGCUCGAUGCAGCAUAGCCCAGCCGCCGGGCCGACACGAGAAAUCGCCGGUAAUGCUCAGCAUACAGUACAAGUGUCUCCUAGCAAUCCAUCCUAUCCACCUACGCGUCCUCAUCGGCCUCUACCUUCUCAAUGCGAACAACAGACUGUGGAUCCUAUAG